CCUAACUUGAAUACACUAUGCAACAAGUGAUAACUAUUGAAUGCACCGAUUUUAUUUGUGACAACAGAGUUUUUUCAAAGCAUGAGUUUGAAUCAAAACAUUAGAUGCGUGGGCAUGUACUUUGCGUUCAUUGGUGACGGGAAAAUUAGUUUCGAGCCACGUGAGAAGAGAGAUCCAUUUCAUCUUGUUUAAGCAAAUGGCGGAUGGUUUCUCUUGCUAUGCUGAGAGUCAAAUUUAUACCCAAAAUCAUGACAGAAAGACUUGAUUGUCAAAACAGCAAAUAUACUUUCAAAUUUACUUAAACACUCAUCAACCUUGUUUGGUUGUAGAACUGUCCCCGAGUGCUCGAUAAGAUGCUUGUCCGAUUUAUGUUUUGGAUACAAGUGGGACUCAAAAACAAUGACGUGCACUACUUUAGAGGCUGCUCCAGGAGACGCCAUCGUUGUUGGGCCUCCUGAAAAUAUCACUCGAUUUUGGCUCAAGAGAGGUCACGUGGAAAAAGUUUCCAGAUUUGCCAUAUUAACGGAGUCAUCGAGCUUUUCGGAGCACUUUUCGUCUCCCAAUCCGAUCGCGACAUUUUUGAGGAUACCGGGUUCUGUAGAAUCGGAAUCAUUUCCUGUUCAUCAUUCAUUCGAUUGGGGUCUUUUGAUGUGUGCUGUAAAAUCGAAAAAAUGCAACAAGUGGGUAUAUGGCUCGGAGGUAUGGGAAGAUGCACCUGCAUUACUCAGUAGGCAUGAGGAAACUCUUGACUAUAACCAAGUGGGCUUGAUCAACAACAAUCUCUGGGUUAUUGGAGGCUUUGCAGCAGGAAGGACAUAUUCGCCGACGGAAUAUUUUUCUCCAGAGGGUCAAUGGGUUCUGGGCCCUAAUUUAUCCCACCCUUUGAACAAAUUUGGUGUAGCUCCAAUUUCGGACUCGCAAGUCCUUAUUGUUGGAGGCACCAUGAACGGGCAAUAUCAAAUGAAUAUUAGAGUGUUCGAUCUUGUCAAUGGAACCUGGUCCACAAUAGAUACUCAUCCUGAAAGAGUGGCAUUGGUGGCGUGUGCCAGGCACACUUUGUUGAACGGAAAGGAAGUGGUGAUUUGCACCGGGGGAAAAUGUCAAUCCUCAUGUGGCAGUCCAAUUGAUGCCUUUGGAAUCACCGGAGUGUAUGACAUUUAUUCUGGCACCUGGAACUUGACCCCAGAAUGGGAUCUCCCCAUUAAAUGUGUUAGACCGAGGAUGCGUGUUUCGGAUGGUCGCCUUUUUAUAAUGGGCGGGGAAUUUGAAGAUGGAAAGAACAACCGAUUUCUGGAAUUCAAGGAAGGAGAGACUCCAGUGUGGCACGAAAUUGAGAGUUUGCCUACAAUUGGUGAAAUUGAAAGCGUUAUAAGCAUUGAAUCAUCAAUUUGGAUUCCAAGCUAACAAGACUGUUAUCUAAUUUCAUGUCCUGCUAUAAUAACACUUUGGACACUUUUCUUAUGUGUUUCGAGGAUACAACACUAAUAAUAGCUCUCAAAAUUGUACAUGUUCAUAAGUAGCUUGUCUAAGAUAGUUGACUUUUUUGUUGCUUGAAAUUCACAUUUGAAACUUGUUACAACAACCCAUGCCCUCGAGAAGAUUGAGAAAUGUUGCUACCAACACAUCUCUAGUGGCACUGAGUGA